CCAUUUUUCAGCAGCAGAAACGGUGGCUAUCUUCAGGUUAAAAUCCAUUGCAUCUGCCCGUCUGUAUUCUCAAUAUAAUUUCAAAAUCAGAAAUAUUGACACGGUAGACUCUCUUCUUUCUGAAUCAGCCAGUAUUUGUGAUCUCACCCUAAAGGAUUUGGAUAAAAUCGACUCCAAAGUAAAGGAGGGACAAAGGGAACUCGCUCCAAAUAAAGAUGAGAAAGGGAAUCCCAACAGCCCCGGAGAAAGUUAUAGUAACAGGGGUUGGGGGUUCGUCGGUGGACAAAAGUACAGUGAUAACCGGGUUCACUGAGAAUUUUAUUUCCAAUUUCCCUGCUGGUACUUAUAUCCAGAUCCUAACCUCGCCGUCCUGUCUUGCACAGACCGCAAAUGUCUGUGUAUCAGAUCAGCCAACUAGCAGUUUGAUAUAUUCCACUCCUCACGGAACAACAAACCGAACAGGACAUCGACCUGCUUUAGGACGCCCUCCGGCAAAGAGACGCCUGGAACUGGGCGAGAGCGACCAUCAAUAUCUGAGUGAUGGUGCCAAGACCCCCAAGGGGAAGAACAGAGCCACAUCCAGAAACCUGAGCAGCCCCAAAAAUCCCGAUCCGUCAGAGAAGACUCGUUACGACACGUCACUGGGCCUCCUCACGAAGAAGUUUAUUCAGCUGCUGGGCCAGUCUGCUGACGGCGUGGUCGACCUGAACCGAGCCGCCGAGGUCCUCAAGGUGCAGAAAAGGAGGAUUUACGACAUCACGAAUGUGCUGGAGGGCAUUCACCUCCUCAAGAAGAAAUCCAAAAACAACAUUCAGUGGAUGGGCUGCAAUCUGUCAGAUGACAACGGGACUCUAAACCGGUGCCAGGGCCUGAGCCAGGAGGUGGCUGAGCUGAGCCAAGAGGAGAAGAGACUGGAUGAACUGAUCCAGAGCUGCAACCACGACAUACGCCAACUCACCGAGGAGUCUCGCAACCAAAAAUUUUCAUAUAUUACAUACCAAGACCUCCGUAAGAUCCGAAGCCUCAGGGACCAGACGAUUAUCGCGGUGAAGGCCCCAUCGGAAACGAAGCUGGAAAUGCCGGACCCUUUAGAGAAGCUGCAAGUACAUUUAACCAGCACUAAGGGGGCCAUAGAAGUGUUUUUAUGCCCAGAUGAGAAUGUAACCAACAGUCCGAAUAAAAACUCGACCCUAGACGUGAAUGGAAAUACAUCCCCUUCAAUAAAAAGCUCACAAGCGUGUGUCCCCAGCAGCUCAAUGGAGGUGGAUUGCUCAGUGCCGGUUUCAAACUUCUCUCCUUUUACUUCUCCAAUCAAUCUUUUGCAACAAACGGAAGACCAGAUUUCCUCUGUGUUAGAGGGGCCAUUUGUAAACCUUUCUCCUCCACACAUGAAUGAGGACUACUUGCUAAGCCUUGGGGAUGAAGAAGGAAUCAGUGAUCUGUUUGAUGCUUACGAUCUGGAGAAGCUACCCCCUUUGGAUGAAUUGUUCUGACUGGACUAUGGUGGAACCAGAAAGCUUUUUUGUAGACACUUCAGUCCUUUUCCUUCCACCUGUGGCAGUAAUGCAGUUUGCCUUAACUAGCAGAUAUUUGGUUGUAGGGUGUAAGGUGACAAGAGUUUUUAACCUGCCUGUUAUUCUGGCAUGCAUCUCCCACAACCACCAAUUGGUGUAUAUUCUAAUACUUCUGCAAUCUCUACCACCCCUAUGUACUUGAGAUCAUAAUCAAAUGGGAUACAUGUUAGAGUGAUGUGCAUUGAUUAAGUUCCUCAUUUCAGAUUGAUCUUCUGAACUGCUACCUAGUGUGUAUAACCCUUUUGAGGGGCACGAGGAGAAAGGACUGGUCCAAACUUGAACAAACAUGAACAGCCAAAACGAACUGACCCUGAAUAGUGCAGUUUUUUGAAAAAUUACUUUAGAAUUGUAACCGUAUAAGAUAAUUAAUCCAACGUCUUAAACAAACAGAACUACUUCAAAACAGUAUUUAUGGAUGAAGACAUUUCCCUGAAUAAGCAUGAAGUUUUUAUUUUCCUGUAACGGAACCACUGUGGGAACCCGUGUCUCUUGGGGAGUGUAAGUGUUAGAAAAGACAAAAGAUCAAUGUCCCCUAUAUUCCACCACUUUGUUCUUCAAUGACUAGUAAAAUGUGUUAAUUUAACUCCGUAUGAGUUUGACCAAAGAAGAAAAUGGUACGGGACACAAAUACCUGUUGGUAUGUUUUGUGAAUAAAGCUGCAAAUGACUGCUGCUAAUUUGAUCCUGUUUGGGGUUCUGCCCUGCACCCAACAAUAAGUCAGAGGAAA